CAGAGAAUUUACUGCAUCUGAAGUGCUAGCGUUCUGAGCAUAAUUUUGUGUUUUUAUUUUCUUUUUGAUCAUUUGACACACUGAGGCAAAAUGGACGCCUUAUUUUUACCAGAUAUAGACUACAAUCAGAGCUAUGUGGAUGAGCAUUUUUACGCUGAGGACAAUAUUGAUGGUUUUGGUAUCACCAUGGCCAUUCUCUACCUGGUGGUUUGCAUCCUGGGACUGGCUGGGAACUCCCUGGUAAUCGUUGCCAUUUUGAAAUUGGACAAAAUGUCAUCAGCCACCACGGUGUACAUUUUCAAUCUGGCGCUGGCGGAUGGACUCUUCAUGGUUGGUCUUCCCUUCAUAGCAAGCCAGAACUUCCAGAACCACUGGAUGUUUGGCGAUGUGGUGUGCAAAGUGGUCAUGGUGCUGGAUGGCAUCAAUCAAUUCACCAGUGUCUUCUGCCUGACGAUGAUGAGCAUCGACCGCUACAUGGCGCUGACCUACCCGCUUCGGUUCGCCCGUUGGAGAACUCCGCGCUGCGCCAAGAUAGUUUCAGCAUUCCUGUGGUUGUUCUCGCUCCUCACUAUUCUUCCCAUGGCGCUUCACUUCUCAGCAGAACGAGGCCUGUGUAUACCAGACCUUGUUUCAGACACCUGGUGGCUCGGCGUCCUCUCUUACACCUUCGUCAUGGGCUUUGCUUUGCCGUUCACCGUCAUGACGGUGUCCUACACGGUGCUGCUGCUCACCUUGAAGUCCAAGCGGCUCCAAGCUACAACACCAAACCACGAGAGCCAACGGCUGGAGAAACAGGUCACCAAGAUGGUGGUCGCAGUGGUGGUUGUGUUCGGCAUGUGCUGGCUGCCGUUUUACACCUUCAACUUCUGUUCCCUGUAUCAAACUGGCCUGGUCCUCACCUUUGCCCGGGCUUUUGAGGUUGUGGUCCUGCUGUCGUACUCAUGGAGCUGCGCUAACCCCAUCCUCUACGCCUGCCUCUCUGAUACCUUCAGGAGGCAUUUCCGCACCCUCCUCUGCCCUGCCACCAAGUCAACUCCCAGCAUGCAGUGCAACACUGAACGGUAUGACCUAAAUGACACAGGUGUGCAGAAUGUCACAAUUCUGGCAUAG